CUGCUCCCAAAACUCUAAACAAUUUUUAUUCAUUUAUUUAUUUAUUUAUUUAUUAUUUAUUUUAUGUCAGGGUUCUGUUGACUUUUACUGAUUUAUUACCUCUCAAAAGUGAGCAUCAUCUUUGCUAGAUAUGUUUUUACCUCGAGUCAGCUACACACCUCGAUGUGUCCUCGAACUCAGGCAUGGGAUUCUCAGGUUGGCUGUCACUGUCACACCUCCUCCGACAGCAACAGCUCUAGAUGAAAGACGGCAUCACCUCAUGGUGAUGAGGACUUCAAUGGUAAAAACCAAAGGCACGCUCUCAGGCGGUAUUAUACGAGAUCAAUCAAAAUCUCCCAAGAAAGGAAGAGAAGAAAAAAAUCUGGACACUUUUGAAGUGGUGGACUAAAGGAUGAAACUCCGGAAUGGCCUGCAGAUCUUUGGGAACCUCCCGUCAGAAUUGUUUUCCAGUUUUGACGUUUCUGCUUCUGUAGACAGGAGUGGAUGCCUGUGGAGGCUGGAUGCUUGCAACAUGCCUAUGGUGGACUACGCCGCGCAGGCCUUGUCAAAAGCCCUUCUCACCAGCAGGCUGACAGUGCUACACCUUGAAAACACUUGCCUGAGCGCAAACCUCUCUUCACACUUGAUUGUCUUACAUGACAUAUUUUGUAGUUGCACACAUUCGGACAAGGACAAAGCGCCAAGCUUAUUGAAGAUUUUUCUCAAUUCUUGCACUAGUCGGUGCUCUGAAAAGGAAUGUCACUUUGCAGGAGCUUUACCUCUCUGAAAACAGCCUCAACACCUCCCAGAACUCCCUGCAACUUGGCGACCUCCUCAAAUACAACAGCACUCUUAACACCUUGGACCUGGGCAACAAUACCAUGUCUGACUCAGGUUUUGAGGAGAUUUGUGAUGCUUUGAGCUUUCAGAAGACUGGUUUGAGAACGCUGAUACUGAGUAACAAUCACAUCACUCAUCUUGGCAUGAGCCAUUUACAGAAUGUUCUGCCCCACUUAAAAACGCUCGAAACGUUGAACCUUGGGAAAAACAACCUCGAGAACAGAGGCAUUCACAUGUUAAAGGAGUCCCUCAUGAUCAAUCGCUCUUUAUUGCAACUUGGCCUAGCUUCCACAGGAAUAUCAUGUGAGGGUGGUGUGACUUUGGCAGAGAUCCUUGCAGAGAGUCCACAGAUCCAGCGAUUGGAUGUACGGCAGAACCAGGUGCUUGCUGGGGGCCUCAUGGCUCUGGCGUUGACCCUAAAGAUCAACCGUUCACUCAUCAGACUGGAUCUGGACCAACAUCUGAAAGAGGAAAAGGAGGACUUCCUGGUCGAAACGCAGAAGACACUGCUGAGCAGGAUCUGUGCACGGCAAACGCGACGGCCACCAAGGGUACGGUUCUGCUGCCUUUUUCUCCAGACCUGGCCAAAUGCACCGAGACCACCUAUCUGCUCCCCACCCAAACAGCUGACUAGAAGACAUAUAAGCAUAAUAAUUCUAUGGCAAAUAACGAUAACCAUAAAACUCCAAAUCCUGGUAAUAAAGCCGAAGCCUCUUUCCCUAAUGAAACAGUAGCCCUCCUGCUGUUUCCUGCCUAAUGUUCCCGCCGAGGCUUCCUCCACUUUCCAUAAAGCAAUUUUGCAAGCCCACUCCCAACGUGAAUCAUCUCGAAACGAAGAGAAGCCUCUCCCUCCAUUUCUCCUUGUGUCCCCGGAGGGUGACGCUGACUAAAUCUGUGUUGAUACAGAGGUGUGCUCUAAAUCCUGUUUGCUCGGGUUCCAUCUCCCCUAAUAUUCACACUCGUGUAUGAGGCCCCUUCCCUGCCUGCGUCUGCUAAUGUAGCGUAUCGUCGUCUGGAUGACAAGACGACAUCGGUGAGUGCCUCAAACUCCCUCACAUGUAUCGCUUACUGCUGGUGCAGAGAAUCACAAUGUGUGGGAAGAAGAACAUAUGUUAAAUUUAAGAAGCCGGGAUUUACCUCUGUGCGGGUCUUAGUUUACACGCGCUACUCAACGCUAGCCAACAACAAAGGACGAAUCACUUUUUCUUUUAGUUUACGCUGCGGAUGCACAUGAAAAGGUGUUGUAUCUGAAAAUAUAGGCUUCUUUUGUGUAAGGCGCACUAAAUACCAUCUGCCAUGUGUCUUUAAAUUCAAGGUAAUUAAGAAUAUGUUUGGUAAAUGAAAAACAACCUUUGUGAAAUGCAAUAAAUGAG